CAAGGAGAAAGAGCUUGGCAAAGCUACGUAGUGCAAAAAAAAAAAAAGGAAGGAGAUGUUGUUGGAGUACGAGUGGGGGAAUCCGGCAGCUGCGGCCGCCGCGAUGCUACUGUUCGGAGAGGACGCAUCCUCGUCGAUGUCCAACAACGACGCAUGCCAACAAGACAGGCAAGUUUACGACCACUUCACUCAUGGCCUGCACGCUGACUUGUUCGCUCAAGCGCAGGCUCAACCUGCUCCUACCUUCUCGGCGGCCGGGCUGUUCCCCAUGGCGUCAUCAACUUCUUCAUCAACUUCUUGCCAUCAAAGGUAUGGUUUGGCCUUGCCACCGGCUCCGGCGAGGAUCGGGUUGAACCUCGGUGUGCGCACUUACUUCUCGUCCGCUUCACCAGAUGAGGGGAUGGUGGUUGGGAGAGUAUGCAGGAGGAGGGCGAGAGCUGCUCGCUGCCAAGCUGAAGGCUGCGGUGCCGAUCUCACCCAUGCUAAGCACUACCACCGCCGUCAUAAAGUUUGUGAGUUCCACUCUAAGGCCUCCAUCGUCAUCGCCGCCGGCCUCUCACAGCGUUUCUGUCAACAAUGCAGCAGGUUUCAUGUGUUGUCGGAGUUUGAUCAAGGGAAAAGGAGCUGCAGGAAAAGACUAGCUGACCACAACCGUAGACGUCGCAAGUCACAGGAUCUAAUGACAAUGACAACAACACCGGUGGCCACCACCACCACCAACACCAACACCAACGCUCUGAAUGAAACCAAUAACACCGGCGAGACACCUGGCGAGAAAAUCCUAUUCACUAGUGCUAGCAGUAGUAGCACUAACAAUCCUCAGCCACCAUUCAUGGGAUGCAUCACGGAACCAGAGUCACCUUGCACUGGUAUGACCUCUCCCACAGCACCACCAUCACAGGUGGUUGCCCCGCAAAUGGCUCUGGGUUUAGGGUGCUACUCUCAUGACAGUGGUGUCAUGGUGGUGCCGGCGUCGGCUGGGUUGUCAGGCUCGUCGUCAACCGGGACUUCACCUCAAGACACACCUUCGUUCCUUCCCACUGGACUAGGAGAUCACUUCCGCAUGAAUGUUCAUCAUCGUUUCCCAAGCUGGAGUGAUGGUGAGGAUGGUAGCACCAUGAGAGACCUUUUUCAAAGCAAGUAACAGCUAGUACUUGAUUUGUAUCAGAGACUCAGUGAGAGUUAGUUACUACUGUUUCUUGAUUUGCUUUU